UGCGCCUCACCACGAACCCCCUCUUCUUCCCCGAUGCGUCUCUCUCUCCCCUCCUCUCUCCGCUUCCGCAACCAAAACCUCCACAGCUCGCCGCGGCGCUGGCGCGGCCGCGCAGGAUGAACCUAGGACGCGGUACAGUCCAGGUUCAUACGAUGCGGCGCCCUAUAAGAGCACCCGCGCGGCUCGCACGCGCGGCGGUCAGUUUACAAGCGCCGUCCACCGAGAGAUCGAGCUCCAAGAAUCGGAAUUGGUGGGAUGGGUUUAGGAAGCUCGAUUCCUCGCCGCCCGUGAAGGCAUUGGUCAAUUGGCCCCCCCAAGAACCGUUGCUUAGCGGCCUAGGAGGCUAGGACCCCGGGCCUGGAACAAUCUGAGCGGUUCAACCUGCAUGAUUUUCGCCUUUCCCUCACGAAUUUGAUCGCGAGUUCGCUACCCACAUUCGCUAGAAGCCUUCAGAAAUGGCUUCUGAUGUUCCUCAAGAUGACGUGCAAUGCCAUUUUUGUGGCACCUACUUAAGGCCAAGAAGUUUUAGGAAGCAUCAGCAGCGUUGCAAGUACAAUCCGGAUGCGCUUACGCGACAGAAUUUGUCCGCAAGUUCGAUACCAACAUCUGCUACAAGAGCGACGCAUUCAGAAAUGGCUUCUGAUGUUCCUCAAGGUUACGUGCAAUGUCAUUUUUGUGACACCUACUUAAGGCCAAGAAGUUUAAGGAAGCAUCAGCAGCGUUGCAUGUACAAUCCGGAUGCGCUUACGCGACAGAAUUUGUCCGCAAGUUCGAUACCAACAUCUGCUAGAAGAGCGACGCAUUCAGAAAUGGCUUCUGAUGGUCCUCAAGAGAACUGUCAGUGCAGUUUUUGUCACAAGGACUUCGAGGGUAGAAGUUCUUGUGCAGAGCAUGAGCUGCAGUGCAAGAACAAUCCCGACGUGCAUUCGCAAACAGAACCUUCAGGCAAUGCUCAGGGUGGCAUAGGCAGCUUGGAUGUUCAUGUACCAAGGCGAAAGCGAACAGCCAGAAAUCAGCCGCUGCCAGAACAACAUCUGAAGAAGCCAGCUUCUGAUUAUGCUCAGGGUGGCACCAGUGAUGCACCAGAGACUCCACCGAAGCCAACAACAAGUGAAGUGAAAGUGGAUUCUGCUGUCAAUGCUCCUGAUAUCACUAUUCCUGACAACAAAGAUCCUUCUGUGAUGCAGAAACAAAAGAAGAAGCUUGAUCUCAAUCUGCAACCUCACAGUGACAGUUCAGAUCAGGAGGAACAGGCCGACAAUUUCAGCUCUAUCAAUGAUCUCAGUACAAUUGAUACAAAUUCAGACAAGAAGAAAAAUACCAUCACUGGUGUUGCUGAUACCAAUAUUCCUGACCACAAAGAUCCUUCUAGGAUGCAGAUGCAAAUCAAGCUUGAUCUCAAUCUGCCACCUCACGACGACAGUUCCAGCUCUAUGGAUGAUCUCAAAACUCUGGCUCCCACUGAUACCAAUUCAGAUAAGGAGACGAACACCGGCAAUGGUGGUGUUGAUACCAAUAUUCCUGACCACAGUGAUCCUUCUGCGAUGCAGACGAAAAACAAGCUUGAUUUCAAUCUUCCGCCUCGCAAUGACAGUUCAGAUUCAUUAGUCUGAAAUGAAAGACUUGAUUUUCGUCUACUGGUAGAUAGUUACAGGCUAUGAUACUCAUACGACUUUCUGUUUCAGAAGCAACAAGUGUACAAACCUCUUCUGAAUGGCAAAGUCCAUACUUCUGUAUUCUUUGCACUCUUGCUUCGAUAGUGAAGCAGUGUUAUUCAGUUACAUGCAAUGGAUGAACAUUUUACUACUAACAA